CGUCUGGUCCCCGCUGACCGUCGUCCUGGGGUUUCCGCCUGAGCCCCCCGCUGCCUCGGAGCGAAGGAGCAGGAAGGAGAGCCGCCGCCGGAGUGAACACAAAGGCAGCUUUGCCGCGGAACGCACUCCCGCUGGGGUUCCGAGGUAAGCUGAUCCCGAGCGGGGAGGAAACGCGAAAGAAGACCCAGCCGGGGACAAGAGACCCCGCGGUGAAGUCGGAAGCUCCGGGCCAGGAGACCGUAUGACGGCGCCGGGUGUUUUUGACCCAAAAGGUCGACGGAGGAGGAGGAGGAGAAGCGAUCUUGGCGUGUGCUCGCUGCAAAGCUGCCUUUGCCAAUCCCGCGCGACCUUCGCCGAGUCUCCGGAGGGGCGAGCCGGGGGAGGGGGGUCUCCCCCUCUAAGCCGCCAGCGGGACUGAGCUACUUAGCGGCGAUGGACGGCCUGGACUGACGCGCAGCGAGAGAGCGCGGCGGCGGCUUGGGAAACGCGACCCGUUGGGAAAGGAAGGGGGAGCUUAAAGAGAAAUGACAGGGCGAAAACCCAGCAGUCACAGAAUAAUUAGAAUCAAUUAGGAGGGGCUGGGGUUUUGUUUUCUUUUUCCUGCAAAAGGUUGAGUGGGCACCAGACACGUAAAAUAGCCUUACAUACUAUUUUCGACCUCACGUCGGUGGUGAAGAUGGAUUUCCUAGGCGGAGCCAUGCAACAUAAAAGCUUAACGCUGAUCGUAUUCCUGGCGUAUAUUAUUUUUGCCCAGCUUGGAGCAGAUUCAGCGAAGCCACGAGCUUUCCGUUGUGACGGGCAUUCCUGCAAUCCUGCAGUGGGGAAUCUAGCAACAGGCAGGACACCAACCACACUUACCACUUGUGGACAGAACAGCACAGAACUCUACUGCUUUUAUCCAGAGCACAACCUGCACCAUGUCUCCUGUGGAUUGCCCAAGUGUACCAAAUGCAAUGCCAACCAGCCUAACAACUCUCACCUCCCUGAUGAAAUGACUGAUGACUUCUUCCUGCAUCCUGGUACUUGGUGGCAGUCUGCACAAGGGGUGCACAGGGAAGAAAUCAGGCUGGAUCUGGAAACAGAGUUCUACCUGACCCACGUCAUUGUAGUCUUCAAGUCGCCCCGCCCAGCAGCCAUGGUACUGGAGAGGUCCCAGGACUAUGGGCAGACCUGGAGACCUUACAAAUAUUUUUCUGUCAAUUGCACAGCUACAUUUGGGCUUCCAGAUGAUAACAGUGAAGAGGGAUCUCUGUGUACUUCCAGAUAUUCUGAUGCAGUGCCUUGCACCAGAGGAGAGGUGAUCUUCCGGGCCUUAACUCCUGCUAACAAGAUUGAGGACCCCUACAGUCCUGAAGCACAAGCUGUCUUGAAGCUCACCAAUUUGCGGCUCCUCUUAUUAAAGAGGCAAGAUUGUCCUUGCCAAGGCUCAGGACUGCUGGAGAAACCGCAUAGAUUUGCCCAUUACGCCAUCUAUGACCUAAUUGUCCGUGGCAGUUGCUUCUGUAAUGGCCAUGCAGAGGAAUGUCAGUUUGCCAAUGGGCCAGGUGCUGGCAGCAAUGUGGUCCAUGGGAAGUGCAUGUGCAGACAUAACACUGCAGGACACCAUUGUGAGAAGUGUGCACCAUUAUACAAUGACCAGCCAUGGGAGCCAGGCAAUGGAAGAACCGGGGCAGCAAAUGAAUGCAGAAAGUGCCGCUGUCACCAUCAUGCAGAUAGCUGUCAUUUUGACCACAGGGUCUGGCUGGCCUCUGGAAAGAAGAGUGGGAGUACCUGUGACAACUGCAAGCACAACACUGAGGGCUCCCGGUGUCAAAGGUGCAAGCCCGGGUUUUACCGAGACAGAGACAGACCCCUGUCCUCCCCAGAUGUUUGCAAACCUUGCUCCUGCCAACCCAUGGGCUCAGUGAAUGUAACGCUGAACCAGAAUCAGAAAUGUCACCCGAAGACUGGCUUCUGCUACUGCAAGCCAGGUGUUGCAGGACCGAGAUGCGACAGGUGCCUCCUGGGAUAUUGGGGCUUUGGAGAAGACGGCUGCAGACCCUGUGCCUGUGCUAGAGACUGUAACAAGCAUACUGGAGAAUGUUUCCGCAGUUAUGACAAUCCAGCUUUUCUCAAUAUUCCAAUUGGUGGGAGAAUCCCUCACUUCCUUCAACCCCCCACCAAUGAAAGCGAAGAUGAAUGGCAGUGGAGUGAUCAUAAGCAGGGGUUUUCGGCCUUAAGACACCCAGAAAAGUGUGUAUGCAAAGAGAGGAUCCUAGGAAGCGUCAGCAAUUUUUGUCAGAUGAAAUACGCCUACGUUCUAAGAGCAAAAGUUCUAUCUGCUCAUGACAAAGGAACCCAUGCUGAAGUGAUUGUGAAGAUAAAGAAGGUUCUGAAAUCUAGCAAAGUAAAAAUCGCCAGGACUAACCGAAGUAUAUAUCCAGAUUCUUGGACCAACCGGGGGUGUACAUGUCCUAUCCUAAAUCCUGGUAUAGACUACUUAAUAGCAGGACAGGAAGACGCACGGACGAACAAACUCCUUGUGAACAUGAACAGUUUGGUGAAGCCCUGGAAAGCUCACUGGGGGAAACUUGUAGCAGACAUACUUCGAACUGGAUGCAAAUAACGUAUUUUUUCCAAGUCAAGUCACAAACUUUUACAUGUUAGUAAUAUGGCAGUGAAAAGCCUAGUUAGUUCUCUAAUGGUUAAUCAGAACAUUUAUCAUUAAGCAGAAUUUAAAAGCGAACUCUCUUUUCUCCAUUCCCUUAAGCAUUUUAGGCAGGAAUCUUGUUCCAUUUUUUCCAAGACAAUAAUCCUCUCUUUUUCGCACACAGGUACACACACUUGUAAAAAAAACUUACUGCUUAAUUAACCUCAUCCCUAGGCUCACAGCCUGGCAUACAGCUUGCUUUAUGAUUAUAGUAUCCGGAGCUUUCAAACCCACCAAUACAUAAACUUGUAACUGAGGCCAAGAUUACAUUAUGCUA